AUGCACAUCUUGCCCAGUGACUAUGCUCGCGAGUUUCGUGAGUUGAAACGAACGUCGCUAUCGCACUCGACUACAAAACUCAUUCUAUUUGUUCUGUGCUUAAAUAUAGAUGCAUUAACUUCGGCAAAAAUUCUUUGUGGAGUAUUACGAAAAGAACUCAUUCUGUACCAGUUGGUGCCCGUUGUGGGGUAUGCAGACUUGAAACGACGCUACUUGGCGCUCGACACAGAAGUGAACAACGUGAUAUUGCUAGGAUGUGGAGCCAUGUUGGAUAUUGAGUCUUUUUUCGAGGUGGAAUUGCAGCCAGACAUGUUGAGAAAGGUGUAUAUAAUGGAUGGUCAUCGGCCCUGGAACCUCGAUAAUGUGUUUGGGCUGAGUAUGGUGGUGUGUUUCGACGAUGGGUACAUCGACAGCAACUUACAACAAGAACGAGAGGCGUAUCAGUACUUGGUGGAACAUGAGGAUGAAGAGGAGGAUGAAAAUGAAGAAGAUGAAGUUGAAAAAAGUGACGAUGAGGCUACUGGCGAGGACGUCGAUACAGAUGAAGAUGUAUUAAGCAUUUCAAAGAAAAAACUGAGGAAAUCGGCAUCGAAUUCCGCUGAAAAUCUCAUCCUGUCUUACUACAACCAAGGAACCACCGUGGCCACCUCCACUACUGCUACCAUGUAUGCUUUAAUCUCUUCUAUCGGUGAAACUACCAUAGAAAACUUGUGGUUGGCCAUAGUGGGCACAUCGUCUCUCGACAGUUAUUAUCCAGAUGUCUACGACAAGAUCCAGCCGUUAUUCAACGAAGAGGUAUACCGGUUAAACCCCUCAUCCACAAGCGAAAAAACAGCCGAUACCACUUCUCUUUCCGUGGAGAAAGACUACCAUCUUUUUCUUCUCCGUCAUUGGACACUCUAUGACGCCUUUUUCUACCUGAGCCAUGUCAACUCGAAACUCAAUUUAUGGACGGAGGAAGGACGAAAACGGCUCCACAAGCUUUUCGCAAAGAUGGGUGUUUCUUUGGCCACUGCUCAACAAAAGUGGCUUUACAUGGACGUUACCGUGAAAAAGCAACUUCCCUACAUCUUCAACAAGUACCUCCCCCUCUACGGGCUCGAGGGAAUCGUUCGAGACGGCUUUGUACGCACAUAUGGAUACAGAGGCCAGCUUCUGGCCAUGGAGUGUGUUGAGGCACUCACAGCACUCUUGGAAUGUGACCGAGCUCAGGUGCUGAACGGAGACCAUCCGGACGACGAUAGACUAAUUCACCAGCGAAUCGAGGACAAGGAAAGAAUAUGGGUGAGCAAUUUCUGGAUGUCGUGGGAUGCACUCAGCACAUAUGGAACCCAGAACAAAUCGACCACCAAGGGAAAUAAGGGCUUUGAUUUACUUCUCGAAGGUCUUGACCACGCCAAGAGGAUCCAGCAACUCAUAUUCAGAGCAGGAAUGUCACUUCUCGAACGACGUCUAGUCAAGAAUCUCCGAUUGUACAGACUCUGCGUUUUGAACGACGGUGCCAUUCCCGACCUACUGGUGUUCAGCAACCCUCUCAUUCUCUCCAAGCUCGGAACAUGGCUCUUGGAGAACAUAACCGAGCUAGAAUUUGCGAACAAUAGCACCACUCUCAAACCUUUGGUGGUUGCAAGUUUGGAUGUCCCAAGUGACACAUACUUGGUGAUUGGUUUGGCUCCAAAGUAUCCUCGCGGAAUGAGCAACUCAGACGCAGCAAAGAUGCUCCAUAAAAACGGCGAUGCCACCGUAACAACUCGCCUCAAUACCUUUAGUGUUGCAUUUCAGCAAGUGGCCCUGACGCUGGGUGCAAAAGUCAGAAUCGAUAGCUUUGACUCAUCCGUGAUCGAAAUCCGGCGCGACGACUUGUCGCCAUUUCUCGAGCGCUUGACACUCAGUGGGUUAAUAUAG